AUCGCUCUAUAAAACUGUGUUUUGCACUUAUGAAUAAUGCUUUCACAAAUUCUGACAACAAUAGUACAUGGAGAUGUACUUGAAUAGAGUUUUUUAAGAAUUAGAGUUAGUCGUGCGAUUAACCAGUGACACGGUGUAUGCUGAUAAUGCAGGUUGAAAUAAUCACUUGCAAAAACAAUUGUGUAGGAGGAUUGAAGUGAGAGAGGAUCACAAGCAAUUCAUGUCACAGGUAGAGGAGUUAAAGAACAUUAUAUACAUGUAAAAGAAAAUCUGGAGUUACAGUUUAAUUUUUAAAGUCAAAAGAUGUCCAGCAGUGACAUUAACUCACUAAUUUUUCUGAAAUAAAUCCUAAUUAAGAUCAGAGAUGGAAAAGACCGCAAAUAGAGACAGAGCCUUUUACCUUCACAUUUUUACUUACAAUAUGAGUCAACUUUAGCUGUUGGUGGAGAGAACUCAAACUGCUGAUCACCAUGCUGUAUCGCAGGAGCACAAACCACUUCUGCUUAUGUUGUCAAUGUUUUUAUGUUUCCCAUAGAUAGAUAAUAUAAUAAUCUACUAUUUAAUGUAAUAAUACACAUUGGUGAUAUUGUAUUACCACAAUACAAUAUCACAGCCCUCUACUGUGUGGCCAAGCCAUCAGCUAUACAUCAACUGGCAGGAGCCUGGUUUUAAGGGAAAAUCUCGGUAGAGGGCAGUGUUCUUGUAAAUGUAUUCAUAUUCACACACCACUGGCCCAUUCCACGGACACGAGAGGAUUAUCUUCAGUAAUACUAUAGUAGUAUGUUUUAUACAUUUCUGCUAUAAUCUGACCAAAUUCUAACAUUAAACAUUAGAACUUAUUCUACCACAAACAGUAACAAUGUUAUUGAGAGUUCCAAGUACACAUCACAAUCACACUGAACUUUUAGCAACUAGUUAAAGCAGUGUUCCCCAAAGUGGGGGGCGGGCCUCCCAGUGGGCAUGAAUGUAUUGCGGGGGAGGAGGAUUGGUACAGAAAGACGAAUUAAAUAAAAUGUUAAAUGUCCCUUUAUUUGUGUUUCAAUUAGAAAAUUAACUGAUUUGCAAUUGUAUUUUCUUGGUUCAUUGACAUCAGCGGUUUUGUAGAAGAAACUGUGUUUUAAAUGAAAUUCAAUGGAGAUUUGAAGCAAUAGAUGUAAAUGUGUUGAGGGGGGACGACGACCCAUCUACAAGAGGAGGGCGCUGCAGGAAAAGUGUGGGAAACACUGACUGAAUGUGUGCAUUAACCUGAAAUGUUACAACAUUUAUAUCUGAUCAUUAAUGGUAACGUUCACUAAGACUGAAUAACAUUAGGUUCCCAUGAGAUUUACUGGUCCUGAAGAUGGUCUCUCUGCCUGCCCCUCUCCCUCUCUCUCUCUCUCUCUCUCUCACACACACACACACACGCACACACACUAACUCACUCCUUUUCUCUUUUCAAAAGCCCCUUGUGAGGCAGAUUGACAGGCUAGAAUGAAAAUGAGGCGGACGCAGCCUCACGGCUCCAGUGCGUACGCGUCCCUUUGAGCAGACUCUAAACUUGGAUCAUAUCACCAUGGGACCUGUUUGGGCUGCGAGGCACUUCUGUUUGUUUUUGCUCUUGUUAAAUAGUCGCCAAAGCGCUGCGCUACCAGAGAUUCGAGCAGAUCCAUGUGCGGACGGCAGUGAUGGCUGUCACAUUGAUGCUAUUUGUCAGACGACCCAAGGCUCGUACAAGUGCACGUGUAGAGCAGGCUUUAAAGGAGAUGGACGACACUGUGAAGACACGGAUGAGUGUGACAUGGAGCACAACGGCGGCUGUGUACACGAGUGCAACAACAUCCCUGGCAAUUACCGUUGCACUUGUUAUGAUGGAUUCCAUUUAGCACACGAUGGACACAACUGUCUGGAUGUGGAUGAAUGCAAGUUCAACAACGGAGGAUGCCAGCACACUUGUGUCAACACCAUGGGCAGCUACGAGUGUCGAUGCAAAGAGGGAUUUUUCCUCAGUGACAACCAGCACACAUGCAUCCACCGCUCUGUGGAGGGCCUCAACUGUAUGAAUAAGGAGCAUGGCUGUGCCCACAUCUGCAAAGAGACGCCCAAAGGGGGUGUGGCCUGUGAAUGUCGCCCAGGGUUUGAGCUGGCCAAGAACCAGAAAGACUGCAUCUUAACGUGUAACCACGGCAACGGAGGCUGCCAGCACACCUGCGAGGACACAGAGAACGGUCCCAUAUGCAGGUGUCACCUCAGGUACACACUGCAGGCCGACAAGAGGUCAUGUGUAGAACGUGACGAAGCCACCACUGAGUCCUCAGACCACAACUCCACGUCCUUCACCGAGGUGGACAAACGGGUCAAACGCAGACUGCUCAUGGAGACCUGUGCAGUGAACAAUGGCGGGUGCGACUGCACCUGUAAGGACACAUCUACAGGUGUACGCUGCAGCUGCCCAGUGGGCUUCACACUUCAGCCGGACGGAAAGACAUGCAAAGAUAUUGACGAGUGUGAACUUCAAAACGGCGGCUGCGAGCACUUCUGCAGGAACACCAUCGGCAGCUUUGAGUGCAACUGCAGAAAAGGCUUUAAGCUGCUCACAGACGAACGAUCGUGUCAAGAUAUAGAUGAGUGUUUUUUCGAGCGGACAUGUGAUCACACGUGUGUGAACUUCCCCGGUGGUUUUCAGUGUCUCUGCAACAAAGGCUACACCAUGUAUGGACUGGCCCACUGCGGAGAUAUAAAUGAAUGCAGCGUGAACAAUGGCGGCUGUGAGCAGGGUUGUGAGAACACCAUGGGUGGAUUUGAAUGCUUUUGUCAUCCUGGCUACAAACUGCACUGGAACAAAAAGGACUGCGUUGAGGCUGAGGGUUUACCACCUGCAAAACCCCCCUCUAAACCCACACUGAACUGCAGUAAGCAGGAGGGAGGAGACCGAUGCUUCCUCACAUGUCAGUCCCAAGUUCAUAUCAGCAGUGGGACGGAGGAUUCCUACACGGUCACCUGUGGAAUGCCCCUGCCCUGCUUGGCUGACGCACAAAAGAACAACAGCGGCUUGUAUUGCUUGGCUCCAGAAACGGCUGGCGUUCCUCGCAUUAAGACCACGGCCACCUUCAGAUCUGGCACUGCAAAGUGCAACUUGAAGCGAAGUCAGGAGAAACUCAGGGAGAGUUUGAACUCUGCACACUCAGACAGCAGGUUCCUCUUCACUGAAAAUGUGCAGUUCAGUUACGUCAGCCUGCGCUGUAUCUCGUCAUCCGGACAGCGGUUCCGCAGCCGUCACGGCCGGAAGGCGGGUGAGGAGGACGGCUCCUUGAUCACUGCUGAGUUUGAGCUGGAUGUGAACGUAGAGGAGGUAACAGCAGAGAGCUGUGACCUGAACUGUGUGCGCCGACGCUCAGAGAAGAGGCUCCGGAAGACCAUCAGGACCCUGAGGAAAUCCAUCAACAGGGAACAGUUUCAUCUACACUUUGCCGGGUCAGAUUAUGAGCUUUCCAAGAAUCCGGAGCCACCGGCAGACCUGGCAGGACACUGUGUUGGAGGACAGGUGCUGAUGGGCAGGAAGUGUGUCAAGUGUAGCGUUGGUACUUACUAUGAUGCAGACCAGGGAAGGUGCGUGACGUGUCCAGCUGGGACAUAUCAAGAUGAGGAGGGACAGAUGUCCUGUGAGGUCUGUCCUGGGGCUGAAGGACGAGAACUUUCCAAGACAGUCGGAGCUCGAAAUAUGUCAGAGUGUGGAGGUCAAUGUUCUCCAGGUCACUACUCCCAUGAUGGAUUCAUCCCCUGCCUGCCCUGUCCACUGGGAUCCUACCAGCCAGAGGUAGGCCGCACUUCCUGCUUCCAGUGUGGAGGGAACCUGGUGACCAAGCGCAGUGCUGCUGUAACCUUCCAGGAGUGUGAAACCAAAGUCCACUGCUCUCCAGGACAUUACUACAACACCAGCACCCAUCGCUGUAUCCGCUGUCCUAUGGCAACGUACCAAGGGGAGUUUGGUCAGAACUACUGCAUGGCCUGUCCGGGAAACACCACAACAGAUUUUGAUGGCUCAACUAAUAUCAUGCAGUGCAAAAACCGGCAAUGUGGAGGAGAGCUGGGAGAUUUUACUGGCUAUAUUGAGUCUCCAAACUACCCAGGGAAUUAUCCCGCCAAUGUUGAAUGCACUUGGACCAUCAACCCUCCACCCAAACGUAGGAUCCUUAUUGUCGUCCCAGAAAUCUUCCUGCCCAUUGAGGAUGAGUGUGGAGACUAUUUAGUCAUGAGGAAAAGUUCUCUGUCCAACUCUGUGACAACCUAUGAGACAUGUCAGACAUAUGAACGGCCCAUCGCUUUCACUUCCCGCUCCAAAAGGCUCUGGAUACAGUUCAGGUCAAACGAAGGCAAUAGUGGAAAAGGCUUUCAGGUCCCAUAUGUCACAUAUGACGAGGACUAUCAGGAAUUAAUAGAAGACAUUGUGAGAGACGGUAGAUUAUAUGCUUCAGAAAAUCACCAGGAAAUUUUAAAGGACAAGAAGCUCAUGAAGGCGUUGUUUGACGUGUUGGCUCAUCCACAGAACUUUUUCAACUACACAGCUCAAGAAUCCAGAGAAAUGUUUCCUAAAUCCUUUAUCCGCUUCCUGCGUUCCAAAGUGCUGAGAUUCCUUCGCCCUUAAAAAAGUUUUUGCUGGUUCUCUGGAUUUUAAAUCACUGGCUUAUAUUGGAUAUUGGUUAAGGCAACUGGUUAUUUCCAAAUGUCACUUUUGCAAAACAAAAGCAAAACCUACUGUCUUUAUAUUGAUGAAGAAGGUUGAAGACCCUUGAUCUAAUCUUUUCAAGAAAUGCAUAACUGAAGCUUUAAGUGAAGAAAAUCAUUUGUGGAGUGGCAUUGGAAUAAGGUGAGAUCAAUUGCAGGUUUUGGCCCUUUCUGUAAAUCUUUUAAUUAUUAACAGCAAAACAUUACAUUCACCUGUAGGUGAAACAUCACUGUUUAAGGCACUUCAUGCCAACACAUGAUCUGUUUCUUACAGAACUGUGGCUGUGAGUAAUAAUUUUUACCAAACAGUCAUGCUUUACACUGACCAUCAGUGAUAAUUAGGUGACCAAAUAGAUAACUUAGUCAACUAUUACAGAACAGAAAAAAUAACAACAAAAACAAAAAUGUUUCUUGAAAAAAAGCCCUAUACAAGAAGUAGUGGCACCACAAAAGCAAUUAUUUUGAUCAAUAUUUUGUAUAUGAUGUAAAUAGUUUUAGGUGAGAUGCUAAUUUGUUGUAGCAGCUUCAUUCAUUUUCAAAGUAUAGCUUUGGUGCAAUGCUGGUGGCCUUUGUAUUUUUAACACACCAAAAGGAGCGAUGUCGGUUUUGUACAUCAUUGACACAUCAACUGCUUCAGCAAAAUUAAAACAUUACACAUGAGUACAUUGUGUACAAUGAACUAUCAACCAAAGAGAAAUGAUUGAUGUGCAGACAGUGAUGUGCUGCCAAAACCUAAACACAAUGUUAAAGUCCAUGAAACGUCCUGUAAAAUAGAAUUAUGCUGUUCACUUGUCUUAGAUGAUACAUGUAUGUAUAUUUUUAUGGAUUUGUACAUCUAAUAUGCUGUAAAUAAAGAUAGGAACGUUAUUAUA